CACAAACACAAUCCACACACGUAAACACACCUUAUACAUAUAUCUAUAUUUCUCCACAUACGUCGACUGUGUGUCUUUCUUGACCCAGAGUGUAGAAAAUACCUUUCCGAAGGAUCGCAACAUGUCUCAUAUAGCUGUAGAGAGAAAUAGGAGAAGGCAGAUGAAUGAACACCUCAAGGUCUUGCGAUCAAUGACCCCAUGCUUCUACAUCAAACGGGGAGAUCAAGCCUCAAUCAUAGGAGGUGUAAUCGAAUUCAUCAAGGAGAUGCAACAAGUCUUACAAUCAUUGGAAUCAAAGAAAAGACGUAGGAGCAUAAGUCCUAGUCCUGGUCCAAGCCCAAAGCCAUUACUGCAACCAAGCACCCCGCAAUCAGAACGAUCUAUAGUUGUACACGAAAAUAUCAAAGAACUGGGAGCAUCUUGUAAUUCACCAGUUGCGGACGUGGAAGCAAAGAUCUCGGGGUCAAAUGUGGUCUUGAGGACAGUAUCACGAAGAAUUCCAGGUCAAAUUGUGAAGAUAGUCAAUUUGUUGGAAAAUCUUUCUCUUGAGAUCCUACAUCUAAAUAUCAGCAGCAUGGAGGACACUGUCCUAUACUCCUUUGUUAUUAAGAUAGGACUCGAAUGUCAACUUAGUGUUGAAGAACUUGCAAUUGAAGUGCAGAAGAGCUUUUCACUUAAUCUUACUUAGCUCCAUGCAUCCAUACAAUCACUUAUGUAAUCUUCGAUCUGGUUGUGGCUUCGUUUAAAUUUAUAUGUUCUAAAUAACAUGAAGCACGUACCAUGUGUGUUUUGGUUCUUAAAACCAUAAAUAGUAAUCACUGAGCCACUUGCAACCCUUUUAAUUUUUCAUUAUCGAAGAAUAGAUUUGUUUCAGCUUUAAUUUUCCUAGAACUAUUAUAUUUUCAAACUGGCCUUCAAUGUAAUAAUAAAGUAUUGACAUUGGAAGUUA